AGGGAACCCCGCACUGAGGGAGGGGCAGGACCGACCCGUCAACCACCGUUACUGGAGCCAACAUCACAGUGAGGUGUGUGUGAUCCUCCUGUGCAUCAUCUCCUGGGUUGAGCAGAGCUGCCGUGGGUGGGGGUAGUGGGGUGCGGAUGGGGACACCUGCACACCCCUCUGACCCGUCACCCACUGCCUUGUGAUGUCACCAGUGAUCCAACACAGGGGGCGAUCCCAGCCCCUCCCUCCUCACUCCCACCUGCUGCCCAGUUGCUCAGAGCAUUUUCCAGCUUCCACACAGGACGGCCUGCGUUUGUCCGCGUGCACGCUUGACUCCAAACUGCACGGGAGCCCACCCCUAGGGAGCAGCUCCCCAGCGCCUGGCAAUGGGGUCCGGCCAGUCCCCCCAGCAGGGGUCUCAGCCUGGCCGCCGCCGCCUGAGGCUACUGACCGAUGGGGAAGAUGAGGCGAGGUGGUGGGAGCCGGCAGAAGAAGAUCACCAGUUUGCCAGACCUUGUGCGGGAGUGAAAGUCCCCGGGUCUCCGAGGCGCUGGUCCCCAGGGAGCAUGCAGGACCCUGGGGCUGGGGCAUCUCAGCCCACCGCAGGCCUCGACCGCUUUCAGUGUCUGUUCCAGGACGAGGAGGACAGUGCGCGGCAGCUGCAUGCCAGGGGGCGGUGGGCACUGCAGCAGAUCCAGCAGCUGAGCCAGCCAGGAGGCACCUUGCCGCUGGGGGAGGACGGGCCCCGGGAGCAGCAGAGUCGGCUCAGGAGCCUGCUCCUGGCAGAGGACGCAGCCCAGACCUGGCUGGGGGACUUUGGUACAUUGGCACCAGAACCAGCCAGCCCUCAGGAGGAGGGCAGCGGUGGGGUGCUGGCCCUGGCCAUGUUGUACUCGGGCCUCCCCACUGUGCUGGGCACCGGUCCAGUCAGUCCCGACGAAGAGUGCUCCCACGUUCCGUCGCCCAGGGUAGGCCCGCCCCAGGAGGAGAUGGUGGAGCCGACCACAUCCUUGGCCUCUGUCACCCUAGCGACAGGCCAGCGCCGCAAGGUUACCAAGACAACGGCGAGCCGUGUGACCUUCGCCCCUGGCCCGCCUGUGACCCACGGGCCUCCUCCUGAGGCCGAGCAGUUGCCAGCGCCCUGCUCUCAGACCCUGAAGCGGCGCACCUCAUGCCUGAGGAAGGUUGGAGCCUCGGGGAGCCAGGCCUCCUUCACCCCCACCACCUCAGGGCUGUCCCGGAGCUCCCACCACUCCCCUGGGCACAGGGUGGCCUCACCCCACUUUGCCAAACAUUGGAGCCUAACUAACAAGCAGAGCAAGGACCCCAGCCCAGGGUUUCUGGGCCGUCCCUGCUUGGCAGCAGGCGGUGACGAGGACAUUUGCGAUGACGGCUUUUCUGAUGUCACAGCGGGUAGCCAAGAUGAUAGGUUCAGAGAUCCACUGGAGGACUCCCAAGAUGGCAGCAUCAGUGACCUCAUGGGGGACAUCCAAGAUGGCCGUAUCAAUGACCUCAUGGCAGACACCCAAGAUAUCUGUAUCAGUGACAGCAUGGGGGACACCCAAGAUGGUGGCUUGAGUGACCUCAUGGGGGACACCAAAGAUGGCGGCCUGAGUGACCUCAUGGGGGACACUCAAGAUGGCGGCUCGAGCGACCUCAUGAGGGGCUCUCAAGAUGGCGGCUCCAGUGACCUCAUGGGAGACACCCAAGAUGGUGGCUCCAGUAUCCUGCUGGCUGACUCCCAGGACAGUGGCUCCAGUGACACCAUGGCUGAUGACCAGGGCGGUGGUGGCAGUGACCUGCUGGCGGACUCCCGGGACGACUGCUCCAGUGACACCAUGGCGAGCUCCCAGGACGGCGAGUGCAGUGACCUCCUGGUGGACACACAAGAUGGUGGCUGCAGUGAGACAAAAGAGCGAGACAGCCUGGGCCUGGUGGAGUCGGACACGCCUGGUAUCAGCCCUGCUGACCUCAGCCAGCAGCCUGGCCAGCCCCCUCAGCCCUUGGCCUACCUGGAGAUGGAGCUGCCCCUGGCUGUGCGUCAGCUGGCCGUGGAGGAGGAGCCUGACCCGGGUCCCAAAGCCCAGCCCGAUAACAUGGAGGACGUCUACACUGAGAUGCAGCAGGACAUGUUCUACAAGGCCUUCCUCUUCCACAAGUUCAUGAGGCUGGGUGGCCCACAGCACAAACCCAACCGUGAGCAGGGGAAGCAACACCCAUAGGUCCUGCCCCACCCA